ACCACUCGGGAGCUUUACUUACGUCAGCUCUGCGUCAGGGGUAGUUAUAUCAGGACCUUGCCGGUUAUUACUUCCUUGCAAACUGUGGUCGACAUCUUUCACGAAGCUCAUCUGACAUUUUCUUUAUAAAGCUCCUUCAGAAUAUAACGCAGCCAAGAUGUCCUCGUACGAAGAAGGGAAUGACUCAAAAUUAAUGCGCAAAGUAAAGGAAAAUCCCUUUGUCCCAUUGGGAAUGGCUGGAUUUGUUGCCAUUGUUGGACACCAGCUGUAUAAAAUGAAAAGUCGAGGGGACACAAAAAUGUCAGUACACCUCAUCCACAUGCGUGUAGCUGCACAAGGCUUUGUGGUAGGAGCCAUAACAGUAGGUGUCUUGUAUUCAAUGUACAACCAGUACAUCAGGCAUCCCAAAGAAGAGCAGAAUUCUGAGAAACACAAUUAAAAACUGAAUCUUACUGUCAAACGUCUGUGGAAUUACCGUAGGACCAUCAUUUCUAGAUGUGCAUUUAGAAGCUAAUCAGUGACUAAAAAACAACCCUAUGGCACAUCACUUUUUAAAAUUGAACAUUAGUGGCCACCAGCUUAUGGGUGUAAGAUUUGGUUC